CCGGAGUGGAUGAUUCCACAGCCAUUCUAAUGAGGGGGGAGGAAACACAGCCCAUUGGCCAGCUGCUCGUGUGUCUGUGAAGUCAAGACUUCAUGCCACAGAAAAACAGAGCAGCAAAUCUGCAGCAUGUAGUGUUCUCGGAGCAAGGAAGCUGCCGAUUCAUUUGCAAGUGGGCUGGAACAUACCUGGAGAGCUGUAAUUUCUCCUCUUCCAUGCUUUGCUCAAGAGAAAACCAGAACCUGGAAGUGCAGAAGACAAAUUCCUCUGGCACAAUGAGCUCUGAACAAGAAGUUGGCGUUGUGAAAACCGUGGUCAAUGGGCUGAUAUCAAGCACCAAUGGCCAAGAGCAAGCCAUUGACGUCCCUUUAUGUGCACGCUCUAUUUCUGCUGUUAAAAUAAUCCCUGUGAAGAAAGUGAGAAGUUCUCCUGACCUAAUGCUAUCUACAGACAAGGAUCCCACUAAAGUCUGCACUGGAAAAGGGACCGUGACCCUACGGGCAUCUCCAGCCUCUGAGGAAAGGCCAAGUAUCAGUCCCCCAUCUUCUCAGGAUGUCCAGCAGUCAGAAACACACAUAGCUCUGGAGACAGGAAAACCAGAAACAGAUGAUUGGAGGUUAUCCUCUAAUGGAGAUAUCCAGCCAUCUUCUCUGGCCAAGGGCUAUAGAAGUGUGAGUCCCAACCUCUCCUCAGAGGGCAAACACAGGGGUCCCCACCAUCACCAUCUGCCCUCCUCACCUGGCAUCUUGCCCCCAGUUUGCCCGAAACUGCCAUCAUUCUCACCGCCACCUCCAUUGGUGCCUCCUGUCCCGGAGGCUUUGCACAGAGUCUUGGAGCCUGAAAUCACUGGAGUCCUCUCACGUACAGACCCAUGUCCUGUGCUAAACAAAGUCUCCCCACCUCGCGUUGGCUCCGAAUACCAAUCCUCCUUAACGUCAAUCAGCAAGGCUUCCUCCACCUAUCCCUCAACCACAAUUGUCAACCCUACCAUCGUCCUCUUGCAGCACAACAGAGAACAGCAAAAGCGGCUUAGUAGCCUGGCAGAUUCUCUGCCAGACAAACCAGUUGCUGAUAAAGUAGGUCCUGUGUCUGCACAGGAAAAGCCAGCUCAGGACAGUCCUCAAAGAGAGAAGCCAGCAAUGGAUGAGAAGAGAAGAGCUGUCAGGAGUCCCCAAUAUAUGGCUAAUGUCUCCGUGGAUGAUGUAGGCAUUCCACUGAGGAACACAGACAGAUCAAAGGACUGGUACAAGACAAUGUUCAAACAGAUCCACAGGCUAACUAAAGAUGAAGAUUCUGAUUCUUACUCUCCUCAUUAUUCCUAUUCUGAAGAUACAAGGACCCAGCCCUCAGUGCCCCGGUCCAAGAGUGAGAUGGACAGCAUUGACCCUGACAAGGUUGUUAAGAGAUCUGCUACUCUGCCACUUCCUACUCGUACUUCAUCACUGAAAUCCAGCCCAGAAAGGAAUGACUGGGAACCCCCGGACAAGAAGGUAGAUACCAGAAAAUAUCGGGCAGAGCCAAAGAGCAUUUACGACUACCAGCCAGGAAAGUCCUCUGUUUUGGACAAUGAAAAGAUGACUCGGGAUAUAAGCCCAGAAGAGAUAGAUUUAAAGAAUGAACCUUGGUAUAAAUUCUUUUCGGAAUUGGAGUUUGGGAAACCGCCUCCAAAAAAGAUAUGGGAUUAUACUCCUGGAGAUUGCUCUAUACUUACUAGGGAGGAUAGAAAGACUGAUCUAGAAAAAGACAUUUACCUCUACCAGACUGAGUUAGAGGCAGAUUUAGAACAAAUGGAGAAGCUUUAUAGAGCGCCAGAUAAAAAGCCACCGAAGAGUACAGCAAGCAGCACUCCUCUGGAAAUGUCUUCAGACCACUCAUCCUACUCAGCCUAUUUACCCAGCUACCAGGCAGCAAGGAGAGAGCUGGAACCAGCACCAGCGGACCCUGCUGGCUUGGAGAAUGAAAGGCAGAUUUACAAAAGUGUGCUGGAAGGUGGUGAUAUCCCGCUGCAGGGGCUAAGUGGUCUCAAGCGUCCUUCUAGCUCUGCUUCCACUAAAGAUUCAGAAUCACCAAGGCAUUUUGCACCAGUCGAUUACAUGGAAACUCCAGAAGAAAUUACUCGUAGACGUCAUGAUGAUAAAGAGAAACUUUUAGAGGACCAGAGACGACUUAAACGUGAGCAAGAAGAAGCUGAUAUUGCAGCUAGAAGGCACACAGGGGUUAUUCCAACGCACCAUCAGUUUAUCACUAAUGAGCGGUUUGGGGACCUCCUAAAUGUAGACGAUACAGCAAAGAGGAAAUCUGGGUCAGAGAUGAGACUUGCUAGAGCCAAGUUUGACUUCAAAGCACAGACAUUAAAGGAGCUUCCUCUGCAAAAAGGAGACAUUGUUUACAUUUACAAGCAGAUUGACCAGAACUGGUAUGAAGGAGAACACCAUGGCAGAGUUGGCAUCUUCCCACGCUCCUACAUAGAGCUACUUCCACCUGCUGAAAAAGCCCAGCCCCAAAAGCUGGCCCCGGUGCAAGUUUUAGAGUAUGGAGAUGCUGUGGCUAAAUUUAACUUUAACGGGGAUACUCGUGUGGAAAUCUCAUUCAGAAAGGGCGAAAGGAUCACGGUGAUUCGGCGAGUUGAUGAGAACUGGUACGAAGGGAAAAUCUCUGGUACCAAUCGCCAAGGCAUCUUCCCUGUCACUUACGUGGAUGUGCUCAAGCGGCCACUAGUGAAGAAUGCUGUUGAUUACCCUGAGCUGCUGAUGUCUCACUCCCCUAAUCGCAGUACAACGGCUUCCCCGCAGCCUUCUCACCAUUCACUGAGAGCAGGACCAGAUCUCACAGAGUCUGAAAAGAGCUAUGUGCAACCUCAAGCACAUCAGCAAGGAGCAAGCCCCGACAGAAGUCAAACACCAGGAGACAUACUUAGCUACCAAGCCCUGUACAGCUAUAUUCCCCAGAAUGAUGAUGAGCUGGAGCUAAGAGACGGAGAUAUUGUAGAUGUCAUGGAGAAAUGCGACGAUGGCUGGUUUGUGGGUACGUCUAGGAGAACAAGACAGUUUGGCACUUUCCCAGGCAACUACGUGAAACUGCUGUACCUCUGAAACAGUCAUGCACCUGCAACGCUGAUUAGUAUUGGUUACCUGACAACAUUUAAGUAGCAAAGACUUUUGAAAUCAGACAGUUUAUUAAUGUAAUAAAUGAGAGAUGAGAAGUGGAAUGGGGAUGUGGUUAUGUGGUACAGUUCUGGGUUGAAUGUGUAGGCCUGGGUCUGGGUGUCGCUGGACUUACUGUUCUUGUUUGCUGAAGGAAAGAGACAAAGUUUCUAGUUUACAAUGCUGCCUUUGUAGCUCUGAGGACAGAGCUUAGUUUUCAUGCUUUUCAUUGAGUACUUACCUCUGAGACAGAGUUUGGGGAAGCAGCAGAAUAGAGUGUGUGAUAGGUUUUGCUUGUGUGAGAGAAAAAGCAAUGGGAACUGUGAUGCAUUGAGGCAACAUGCAGCUCUGUAGCUGCUCCCUCUCUAUAACUGAGGGAGGCCUUCUCUGAGAUUACCCCCAUCUGCAAGGUAAUUUUCACUCUGCCUCCUGCUUUCAUCCCCAAUUCUUUCUUCAUGAUGUGCACCUUAACGUACAUGGCAGGCAGAGAAUGGUUUAUGUGAUUAGACUAGAUAGCAUAUGGGAUGGGGCUUUGAACUGACAGUUUAAUCCAGAGCAAUCUGCCAAAAAAAACCCCUCAACUUUGGUAAUAUUCUGCUUCAUAAUAUCCACCCCUGCAGGUUUUUCUGUGUGUGUGUGUAUAUGGGCGAGCAUAUUGUGUGCAUAGAAAUGAACAGAGUCACAAUUUCCAUGAGGAAUCAACCCAGAUUUUACAAAAACAGAACAAAAUAAUGGAAAAUUUAGGGGACACAGAUCUUGUCUGCAAAUCCCAUGGCUGUUUUCCCCCUAAAUGUUGCGCUGAAUGACUGCACACAUUUUGAAGUAUACUCUUUGCAAUAAAGACUUUAUUUUCCCCUGGUAUUCUAGCAUAGAGAUUCGGGCAGAUGCUAGCAAAAUAUUACUGAGCUUGCUUUUUUUUUGGUGGUGGUGGUUCUUGAUCAGGCUGUCUCCUAAUAAAACUAGCAAGGCAAACCAAUUUGUAAAGCUAUGUUUAUACAGCUAUUACCAGCUGCAUAUAUUUGUACUUUUUUGAAAAAACACGGCUUGCCCAGAGACUUCCUCGUAAGUCAAAAAUAAAUGUUCUUUUUGAUAGAAAUUCUAUUUCAAAAAGAAAAAAGUAUAGAUAAAACCAGUUGCAUCAGACUGCUUCCUACAUUUCCAGUACAAAUAGCAAAAGUUAAGAUUGCUAUUUUGGCAUCAGCCAUAUUUAAUAAUAGAAAAUGCCUAUUUUUAUGCCGAUGCUUUUAUACAAACUGAUUAACAGUAACUGCAACUAAGUGUUAGCAUGACUUGCAAUACGUUUUGAUAAAUUAGCCAUACUCCUGGGUUUAAAAACACUUAUCUUUCGCUGAGAUCAACGGAAGAGAAGACUCAAAGUGCUUCGGAAGUAUGAUUGUAAAUAUGUAUAUUUAAUUUUGUACAGACAAUGUACUUACCUUGUAUAGAAAAAAAUAAGUUAAACAAAUUGUGCAGGAGGUCAGACUAGAUGAUCAUAAUGGUCCCUUCUGACCUUGAAGUCU